AUGCAGCUAGAGCAGCUGCAGGCAGGCUGGGACAGGAUCCCUGGCCAGGGCCAGGAGCCAGAUUCUCUGCUGACCCUCACAAGCCCUGUGACCUUGAGUCAGUCUCUCUCCUUAGAGAGACAGGAACCAGGAGGUGGCCCCAUAGUCGAAGCUGACCUGGCCAGUGCUUCCUCUUGUGGAUGUGGGAAGUGGUGGGUUGGCCUUGAGUGCAAGAAGGCUGAGGGACGGGAUCUGGAGGAGGAGGAAGGAUUCCCAUUGCACGUCAGGGCCCGAGAACUCAUCCAACACAAACACACGCCCGCCCCUGCACUGGGCCUGUCCAAGGCUGCUCACAAGGAGCGGUCAAGGAGCCUCAGUGUGGAACACAGCUGUGACAAGACCUGCCAGCCAGAGAGGGAGCUCACGCUGAGGGGGCCACCCGCAUCCAGUCUAGAGCGUGUCAAGGACUUCACGAAAGCUGCAAAUUCUUCACACUUCAUAAACAGACAUGACUUUUUCGAUUACCCAGACUCAGACAAAGCCAAGCUCCUGGCUGUGGCCCAAUUCAUUGGAGAAAACACUGUCAUCUUUACAACCUCAGAUUCCAAGUCUAAAAUCUCCUAUUACAUAACGAUGGGCUUCCUGGUUGUGGUUCUCCUCUUCCUCCUUUUCCAGCUCUGCACACACAUGUAA